CUUCCGGGACUGCUUCCGGUGCUGUAGGGUAGUGGGCUGCUGGAGGCUGGUUUACUUCGCCAUGGCGGUUACCCUCAGCCUAUUGCUGGGCAGCCGAGUCCGUACUGCUGUUGCUCGCUAUGGGUUCGCGACCCGGGGGCUGGCGGGCUCAGGCCCUAUGGGCCGUGAGCCGGACCCGGAUUCCGACUGGGAGCCAGAGGAGAGGGAGUUGCAGGAGGUCGAGAGCACCCUGAAACGACAGAAAAAAGCAAUUCGAUUCCAGAAAAUUCGGAGGCAAAUGGAGGCGCCAGGUGCCCCACCCAGAACUCUGACAUGGGAAGCCAUGGAGCAGAUACGGUAUUUACAUAAGGAAUUUGCUGAGUCCUGGUCAGUUCCCAGGUUGGCUGAAGGUUUUGAUGUCAGCACCGAUGUUAUCCGAAGGGUUUUAAAAAGUAAAUUUGUACCCACUUUGGAACAGAAACUGAAGCAGGAUCAAAAAGUUCUUAAGAAAGCUGAGUUUGCCCACUCACUCCGGCAGCUCCAGGGCUCUGGAGAUACCGUGAAGUCACUUGCUGCAGGCCACUCUGUAGCAAACUCUUUUCUGAUGCCAGGGGAUGAAGCCUCAUCUGAAGGUCAGCAUCACAGCACAGCUUUGACAGUGAUAGAGUCAAAAACUCACAGUACAAAUGCACUGAGACAAAAGGGAAGGAAUAAAGGAAUCCAGGGUUUGAAGAAGGAAAGCUUUGAGCCUAUCACUGCAGCCUUAGGUCAUCAGAGAGAGCUGCAAAAAUACUCCAAUGAUUGUGUAGGCACCAGAAGAACUGACAGUAAUGGAUUGCCAAGUGAUGAGAAACUGGAAAUGUUGAAGACGGGGGAGCUACGGAACCAGAACUUCAGCAGCAAAGUAGUGCAGAGGGGACGGGAGUUCUUUGACAGCAAUGGGAACUUCCUGUACAGAAUUUGAGUUGGGGCCCGGCUUGUGGAGAUGCCAUGUGAAACAGCUAGACUAAUAUAUUUGGAGCUCCAAGAUUUCUGCAUGUGGAUAUCUACUUUGAAAUAGGAGGAAUUUGAUGAGCCUGGAAUAUGGACAGAAAGAGCUGCUUGGUUAUUCAAGCUUUUUGGAUCACUGCUCCCAGUCUGACUUGUGUAUCUUCAGUAUUCUCCUUUUUGCUUAACUUCUGUAUGUUGAAAAUCAGUAUUGUUUCUGUGAUACUUGCAAUAAUAUGUUCGGGGGGAAGUGAAAAGUUUGCUUUCUGACCUCAUUUCCUUCUUGAUCAUUGAACACUAACAGUUUUUGAGCUGCUUAGUAAAUUGGUUCUUUUUUUCCUUUGGUGCAAAAAUAAAAUGUAGCAGUUCGUGUUGC